AUGAAGUUCUUCCUAUUGCUUUCCCUUAUUGGGUUCUGCUGGGCUCAGUAUAACCCACACACUCAAUCGGGAGGGACUUCUAUUGUCCACCUGUUUGAGUGGCGCUGGGUUGAUGUAGCCAAGGAAUGUGAGAGAUACACCGCCUCUGAGAACCACACUGCACUACCGGAAGGAGGCUUUCCUUCCUCUCCCCCAGGAGACUCAGCAGUGCUUUCCUGUCCUUUCAGAGCCCAGGGUGAAAGGAGUCAGCCAGAGCUAAGAAAACUAUGCCCAAAUUCCCCAAAUGAUAGUAAAUUCCAGGACAGAAUAACAAACUGUUUUGUUCAGGUCCGUAUUUAUGUGGAUGCUGUCAUUAAUCACAUGACUCAAGAAGGAGUUCAAGCAGGAACCAGCAGUACAUGUGGAAGUUAUUUCAACCCACAAACCAGGGAGUUCUCUGGAGUUCCAUUCUCUGGUUCGGAUUUUAAUGAUGGCAAUUGUAGAAGUGCAAGUGGAGAAAUUGAAAACUACAAUGAUCCUGCUCAGGUCAGAGAUUGUCAUAUGUCUUACCUACUGGAUCUCGCACUAGGGAAAGAUUAUGUUCGUACCAAGGUGGCUGAUUAUAUGAACCAUCUCAUUGACAUUGGUGUAGCAGGGUUCAGAAUUGAUGCUGCUAAGCACAUUUGGCCUGGAGACAUACAGGCAGUUUUGUUCAAACUGCACAAUUUAAAUACAAAAUGGUUCCCUCAAGGAAGCAGACCUUCCAUGAUUCAAGAGGUAGUUGAUCUGGGUGUUGAUGUAAUUAAAAGCAGUGAGUACUUUGGAACUGGCCUUGUGACAGAAUUCAAGUAUGGAAUAUCACUGGGCACAGUUAUCCGUAAGUGGAAUGGAGAGAAGAUGGCCUAUUUAAGGAACUGGGGCGAAGGUUGGGGUCUCAUACCUUCUGAUAGAGCCCUGGUCUUUGUGGACAACCAUGAUAAUCAGCGAGGUCAUGGAGUCGGAGGAUCAACCAUCCUGACUUUCUGGGAUGCUAGACUCUAUAAAAUGGCAGUUGGAUUUAUGUUGGCUCAUCCUUAUGGAUUCACACGAGUAAUGUCAAGUUAUUACUGGCCAAGAUAUUUUGAGAAUGGAGAUGAUAUCAACAAUUGGUUUGGACCACCAAAUGACAAUGGAGCAACUAAAGAAGUGACAAUUAAUGAAGACACCACUUGUGGCAAUGGCUGGGUCUGUGAACAUCGAUGGCGCCAGAUAAGGAACAUGGUUGCCUUCAGAAACGUAGUCAACGGUCAGCCUUUGUCAAAUUGGUGGGAUAAUGGCAGCAACCAAGUAGCUUUUGGCAGAGGAAACAAAGGAUUCAUUGUCUUUAACAAUGAUGACUGGUCAUUGUCAACAACCCUACAAACUGGUCUCCCUGAAGGCACAUACUGUGAUGUCAUUUCUGGAGAUAAAAUUGAUGGCUAUUGCACCGGAAUGAAAAUCUAUGUUUCUGGUGAUGGCAGUGCACAAUUUUUCAUUAGUAACACUGCUGGAGACCCAUUUAUUGCAAUCCAUGUAGAAUCAAAACUCUAAAAUUUAAAAUAAAUUCAUACUGAGAGCAUCAA